AUGGCAUCGGUCGUGACGACCAGCACCGAGACGGCCGGCGAGGCGAACCAGAACCAGUCCAAACCCGCUUAUCCCACGUACAACUUCAGCUUCACCCCUUUCCUCCGUGCGAACGGACUCGCCGCUCUUGCUUCUACGGUACCUGUAUGCGCAGACUACGCUGCGACGGGCCAUUGUCCCCGCGGACGUCGAUGCCCCGACCGUCAUCCUACACCGGGCGAGCCGCCCCAGCAUCACUAUGGCCGCAACAACGAUAACUACGUGUGCAAGCACUGGCUCAAAGGUCUAUGCAAGAAGGGCGACACAUGCGACUACCUCCACGAAUACAAUCUCCGCAAGAUGAGCGAGUGUCAAUUCUUCAACCAGAACGGGUAUUGCCAGAAUGGUGACGAGUGUCUAUAUGUUCAUGUCAAGGAGGAUUCGAAAUUGCCCCUCUGUGAAGACUACAAUCGGGGAUUCUGUGAGAAAGGACCCAGGUGCGGCAAGAGACACGUGAGGAGGAAAUUGUGCGAGUUCUACCUCGCCGGGUUUUGUCCAGACGGUCCCAACUGCAAACACGGUGUCCACCUGAAGAGCAGCGGCCCAGCCGGAGACAAAGGAGGCGACGCGCAAAGGCGGGAGAGACUGGCAGAGCUGGAAAGGAAGGAGGAAGAAUCACGCAAAGACUUUGGCUGGAAAGGUGGCAGGGGUGCUAAGGGAGGAAGAUGGAGGAGCAAGCGGGAAAGAAGAUGA